AUGCUAACACAAAUAGCCAUUUUGACGAAAAAAGUUGCCGAAGAGCAAAAAUAUCGCGACUAUAUCCUCAAGCAGCUUGAAAGCAAGGGUCUUUUGGCUGCAUACAUAAACGAUGUCCAGACUUGCCCGAAAGAGCGGCUCCAAUGGCACGCGACUGCUGAGCUUCUAUUGACUCUUCAAGUGGACACGAUGAAUACUAAUUCCAGCAGUCAACUUGAGCCGAGAUUCUGGCAAAUGGUCAAGCAUGAAGUUUACCAAGCAAAAGUGGCCGUUCAGUCGAAAAUGAAUGAGUACAACGCUUAUCGCAGCACGGAAUCCUCCCAAAAUUGGAAUGGCUAUCCUCAGCACGGUCAUAACAUUCCAUAUCCUGGUGAUGGUCAAUAUCCUCAAAAUGGACCACACGUGAUGGCUAACGAGUCUGCCAGCUUCUGCCCUCAAGGAGGAGCCUUUUCUUAUCCCACUCAUGGCUCGAUGGGUCAAAUGGGGAAUGGAGGACACGUGUCGAAUCACGCGAUCGGAUCAGCUCAGCCGAUGUCGAAUUUUCCGGAACAAGCAAACCCAAACGAUCCUUUCUACAACGUCCCCGAUCAAAUAGGACACUUCGCAAGCGACAUCCCUGACUUCCAAAACUGGCAACCGUAG